AUGGAAGUAAGCGUUCGAUUAGCCAACGAGGAGCUUUGGACGACAUUUCACGCGAACACCACCGAGAUGGUCGUCACGAAAACUGGCAGAAAAAUGUUUCCUAAAUUGGAGUACACCAUUGAGGGAUUAAAAGCAAAUUUAGCCUACGGUUUGGUGCUUCAAAUUGAGCAGGUCGACGAUAACAGGUACAAGUUUUCCGGUGGUGAAUGGACUGCAGCCGGUCGCGGUGAGAGUGGUGGAGUGCCGAAGAAUGUCAUGCAUCACGACGGGGUGAUGCCGGGUUCGCACUGGAUGCGCCAUACGGUGAACUUCGAACGCGUCAAAAUCACCAACAAUCUCAACGACGCCAAUCCCAGUCAUAUAGCUCGGAUACGAUUACCAGAAACCGAAUUUAUUGCCGUAACUGCCUAUCAGAACACCACAAUCACACAGUUAAAAAUCGAGCACAACCCGUUCGCAAAAGGAUUCCGUGAUGGUGGCGAGCGAAAAAGAACUACACCGGAAAGUUGCUCAGCAGCACCAUCACCGAAACGCAUCUACUCACCACACAAUUGUCCAGCUAUUCUCGAUAAACCGAUGCCGGCGGUAGUCGCCGCAACGACACCAAUGCCUAUGCCACCACCUAUAUGGCAUGGAUUCUAUCCGACUUAUUGGAAUCCGUACUCCUACAUUCUGAAUCCAUUCCUAUCUCGAUUUGGUUCUGCUACAAAAUAA